AAGCCAGGCCCCUCUCCACCUGGUCCUUCCAUCGGAGUGGAGGUCUCCCUCUUCCUCGGCUUCCACCAGCGGGUACUGCAUAGAAUACUUUCAGAGCUGGAGCACUUUCAUCCAUUCGAACAACAUGACCUAGCCAGCGUAGCCGCUGUUUUUUUAUUCGCUGGACUAUGUCUAUGUCGACGCUCUAAUAAUAUAAAAAUCGGCUGCAAGAUCAGAACAUAUUUCUUUAAAAGCUAAGAGUUAGCGCUGAAUGGGUUAUGAAACUAAUGAGAAGAUUUUAAUUGAGUUCUGUACUUUGCAAAAGAAUUGUGAGCAUUUGAUCCGAGAAUCUGUUCUUUAUAUAACAUAAGCUCCGGUGAUGAUUAUGAAACUUAAAAAACGAUGAGAAAGUUAUGAAACUAAAAAGAAGAUAUCAGAUGAGUUCUGAACUUCACUUCAUCCGCUACAUCCUCGAAGAAACUCUUAGCAUAUCCGAGAUUGCGUUCUUUCUAGAACACAAGUCUCGAUGAUAGAUUUUUGAAAUUUAAAAGGAGAAAAGAGGUUUUUAAAUUCAAAGAAAAUAUCAGAUAAGUUCUGAACUUCAUUUAAUCUGUUACAUCCUGGAAGGAACUCUUAGCAUACGAUCCGAAAUUGUGCUUUUUCCAGAAAGGAAGCUUUAUGACGGAUUAUGAAACUAAGAAGACAAUUAUAGGGUUAUGAAGGGAGGAACAAGAUUUCUGAUAAACUCUGAACUUCACUUCAUUCGCUACUUCCUUGAAGGAACUCUUUAAUACGUUUACGAGAUUGUACUCUUUUCAGAACAGAAGCUUUAAUAAGAGAUUAUGAAACUAAGAAAACGAUGAAUGAGUUUAAAAUGUGGGAAGAAGAGUUCAACUAAGUUCUGAACUUCACUUUUCUGUUAGAAAACUCCGAGCAUACGAUCGAAGAUUGCAGAACAGCAGCUUUGGCGGCAGAUUAUAAUUAAGAAGAAGAUUUAAGGUGAAUUCAGAACUUCAAUUCUCUUGCGAGAGACCUUUGAGGAAACGAUCCGUGAUUGUGCUCUUUCUCCAGAACACAAUUUCCGUUGAUUUCGAUUGACUCCAGUUCCGACGUCCCGGAUAUUAAACUCCUUAGGAUGUAGUUUUAAUUUAAAGGAUUGACUAAAGAAGUUCCCAAAUCACGAAAUAUCGAAAAAAAGUUUCGUAUUGUCUGACCUCAUCAAAAUGACAAGAAAUGAACAAUGAAAGCUUUUCAAGUGUUAUCCUCAGUCAAAAAUUGCUGCCUAAUUAAGCGGCAUGCGUUAGCCAUUCGAAGCCAAAAUUUCUAAAGUUCAAAAACGACAACGGAAAUAUAUGUACGCUGGCAGAGUAAAACUUGAUGCGAUUUGCCUAAAAUGCUGAGAAAUUAUGCUAAACGCGCCCACACUCCAUAAGCUUACGAGGCGACUCGGUGAAAUAAAAAAGUGCAAACAUUUAUAAAAUCUACAGGGGGUUGUUAAAUGUGCGACCAAUCAGCGCAAGGCAAUGUAAUGUCCUCCACGGGACUUGUAGCAAAAACGAGUGAGUGGGUGGCGGGUUGUGUAAAAGUGCAAAUAGUAUAGCAGAAGCAGACGAGUGGCAUACUAAUAGCUUUGCGUCAGUGCAAGCGAGAGCGCAACGGUAUUUUUUCAAAAACAAAAUGGCCAACAUAUACCCAAUGUUGUUGUGGGUGGAUGUUGGAGAGUAAAAGUGUGUUAGUGUGUGAGAAUAAGCGCAUAAGGAUGCGUUUGAGAUGAGCAGAUGACAGCUGUCAAUAUGCGCGUGGCAGGAUGACAGCAGGCGUUUAGUAUAGCGUAGAGAGAGAGAAGAGUUUAUGUGUUUGUGCUAUUAAUGUGCGUUAUUUAUAUUAAAUAACGGUUAAAUGUGGUGCAGCAGCGGCGGGUUACUCACAUAGUGGGAGAUUUUUUCUUCAUACCGCGCUCUUAGCAGCCAACAAUUUGCAUUAAUUCAUUUUAUCAGCGACAGAGUUAUCAUAUGCACACUGCCGUUAUCCUGCGUACGUAACAUUAGUGUUUUAACCGUUAAACGGAUUAAACGGCACAAACAGUUGUCCAUUUGACUUCAAUUGCGACGGUUACGCGUUGUAAACGAUAGGAAGUUGUUUCAAGAAAAAAUUAAAUACAUUUUAAAUUGAACAAAUAAACGAACGGUAUUUGUAUUUGAAAAAAAAAAAUAUUGAACAGAAGUUUAUAAUCAAAUAAUUAUUUAAAAACUUCAUAAGAAACAGCAAAACACAUUUAAGUGCGGAAAUAAUUGAGUAUUCAUAAAAAUACUCUUAAUAUUCGUCGGUGAAAUAUUUCAAAAUUAGCUCAAGUAAAAUACUAUAAAUACAAAAACAACUGAGCUUAUUGUAUAAGUCCAGUGUAACAAUAAGUGAAAUUAACAUUUUUAAAUAAAAUUUGUGCGGAUAUAAAAGCAAUUUUAAACGCAUUUGAGCUUAAAAAUGCAUCAUCCGAGCUCCAAAUCGUUUUUAAUACGAGAUCUACUGGGCGAUUUAAUAAACCGACCGCCGCCGGACAGCGACUCCGAUUUAUCCGAUGAGAACUCCGAAAUCGACAUCGAGGAUCGUUCCUCACCCGAUUCCGACAUGUUUCACAAUCAUCAUUAUGCAACAGCGGCCAAUAGCAGUGCGCAACUACAUUUUAUGGUCAACGAGUCCAGCGUGGAGUCGAAUCAGCAUUCACCAAAUGGCGACGAACGCGGCACAAAACGCAAUUCGAGCAGUAACACCAACAGCAAUACAACAUCGAGCAAUAACCCACAGUUGGAUAUGCAAACGGCACACUUGCAAACACACGGUUAUGGUGGCAGUAGUAUGGGCGGCGCUGACCACAUGCAUCACAGUAAGCUGGGCUUAAGUUUGAACAAGAGUGGACGCAAGCCACGACGACGACGCACGGCCUUCACACACGCGCAACUCGCUUAUCUGGAACGCAAAUUCCGUUGUCAGAAAUAUUUAUCCGUGGCCGAUCGCAGUGAUGUGGCCGAGACGCUCAACUUGUCGGAGACGCAAGUGAAAACUUGGUAUCAGAAUAGACGCACGAAGUGGAAGCGCCAAAACCAAUUGCGGCUCGAACAAUUACGCCAUCAGGCGACGCUGGAGAAAGAGUUCGUUAGCGAUGGCGCCUCUGGCACAACGCUCGGCUGUUGUCCGACGGGCUUAUCGACUUUUAGCUCAACGAAUCCGUGCAAUUUUCUCACUUCCGCAGCGGCGGCGGCGAUCUUUCGAAAUGUGGGCUACGUCCACGGCUGCCCGCUGUAAGGCGGCCGGCGCAAUUAGUGAAAAUUCAAUUUAGCUAUGCGAAUUUUUUGUACUUUUGUGUUUUUGUUUUAAUUUGUUUUUGUAAAUAUGUGUUAAAAACUUUAAGUUGCUGUGCAAUGAACAAAAAUAUUUAUGCGAAAUUAAUCAUAAGAAGCGAAAAUUAAGAUCAAUGAAGAAGUAUUGCUGUAAUGUGAAGGUAAUAAAAAAUAGUUUAAGUGAAUAUAAAUUGAA